GCGAACCUGACCACUACAUGAUGACUUGGCAUAACUUGGUGGAGCUGCGAAAGGACGAGUACGGCGAGGACUGGAUGCUGGAGCCAGGAACACAUCACUGGAGCGGCCUGCAGGUGCCCACCUUCAGGGACAACUGGGAUCUGUGCAAUCUGGCUGGCUGUGACGGCUCUUUCCUUCAGGUGUGCACAAAGGCCGGGUGUGCCAAGAGCGAUAUCGGAGACGACCCCUUCUAGUCUUCGCCAGAACACUUCACCGCGAAACCUUCUGAUAUCUUGCGAGUUUACAUCUGUUUGUUCUUUUAUUGAUGCCGAAGUUGCAGACUGACUGGGCCUUCACGCUUUUGUCUGUUCUUAUUGUAGCUUUCUAAUAUUAUCUGAAUGCAAUUCUUACUUAUUUAAGAAAGUGGAGAAAGCGUUUACAUAUCUUAAGAAAUAGUAAAUCAAAAUA